AUUGAUCUCAUCAGAGAUAGAGAUAGACGUGUCCAACCACCAUGGAUCUUCUGAAACCAAACUCUGCUAAUUCUUCUCCUCUCACUCCCUUAGGAUUUCUUGAAAGAGCUUCUACUGUAUAUGGUGACUGUACCUCCAUCGUCUACAACAAUUCCACCUUCACUUGGUCCCAAACCCACCAACGCUGCCUUCAAAUCGCUUCUGCUAUCGCUUCUCUCGGAAUCCAAAGAGGCCAUGUUGUCUCUGUUUUGGCCCCAAAUAUUCCUGCCAUGUAUGAACUCCACUUCGCCGUUCCGAUGGCCGGAGCAAUUCUCAACACCAUCAAUACCCGUCUCGACGCCCGCACAAUCUCCGUCCUCCUCUGCCACAGCAAAUCGAAACUCAUCUUCGUCGAUUCCCUCUCUCGUUCUCUUCUCCUCGAAGCCCUCUCGUUAUUUCCGGCCAACACAGAACGCCCUUCUCUCAUCUUCAUCGCCGAUGAUGAAGAUCCAUCUCUGACCGUCGAUGUGAACCGGACUUACGAGGGACUGCUCAAGACCGGCGAUCCCCGGUUUAACUGGAUUCGGCCGGAAAAUGAAUGGGAUCCCAUGAUUCUCAACUACACUUCCGGUACUACUUCUGCUCCCAAGGGUGUCGUUCACUGUCACCGUGGGAUUUUCAUCAUCACCGUUGAUUCGUUGAUUGAUUGGUCCGUACCAAAACAAUGUGUGUAUCUGUGGACCCUACCGAUGUUCCAUGCCAAUGGUUGGAGUUUCCCUUGGGGUAUGGCUGCCGUUGGUGGAACCAACAUCUGUCUCCGUAAAUUUGAUGCUGCAACGAUAUACGGUGCGAUAAGGCAACACAGUGUAACACACUUAUGUGGCGCACCUGUGGUGCUCAACAUGUUAGCAAAUGCUCCAGAUCGUCAGCCGCUUCAGAACCCGGUUCAGGUUUUAACCGCCGGAGCUCCGCCACCUGCGGCUGUUUUAUUCAGAACGGAAUCACUCGGGUUCGUGGUGAGUCAUGGUUACGGGUUGACGGAAACAGCAGGACUCGCUAUCUCAUGCGCGUGGAAACGCGAGUGGAAUCGAUUUCCGGCGACGGAGCAGGCGAGGUUGAAAGCUAGACAAGGGGUGAGGACCGUAGCUAUGGCUGAGGUGGAUGUAGUGGAUGCAGAGUCAGGGGUGAGUGUGAAGCGAGAUGGAUCGUCACUCGGUGAGAUCGUUCUCCGAGGUGGGUGUGUCAUGCUUGGUUACUUAAACGAUCCCGCCGGUACGGCGAAGUGUAUUAGAAACGGUUGGUUCUACACCGGCGAUGUCGGCGUAAUUCACGCAGAUGGAUAUAUCGAAAUCAAGGACAGAUCGAAGGAUGUGAUCAUAAGUGGCGGAGAGAAUUUGAGUAGCGUUGAAGUUGAAUCGGUGUUGUAUACGAACCCGGCCAUUAACGAAGCUGCCGUGGUUGCUCGACCAGAUGACUUCUGGGGUGAAACCCCUUGUGCUUUCGUGAGCCUGAAAUCAUCGUUGUCGGAUAAGGAAAAACCGUCGGAGAAGGAGAUUAUUGUGUACUGCCGAUCUCGGAUGCCACACUAUAUGGUGCCGAAAACGGUGGUUUUUACGGCGGACUUACCGAAGACGUCGACGGGGAAGAUUCAGAAAUUUGUGCUAAGGGAUAUGGCCAAGGCUUUGGGUUCUUCUAGGGUGAGUCGAAUGUAACCGAUUUUAUAGUAACUCGGCCGGGUUUAGCCAUUAGGUACCCGAGUUAUCAGA